UCGCGCUGCCGUGAAGCAGCCUCGCGGGGACCGAAGGAGGCGACGGGACGACGCGAGGAACCGCGCACGGCAAAUGACACCAAAACGGCAAAUAACAGUAAAACCCGACGUGCAACACUAAGGACUACGUUACGUACAAAGGACGUGACGGCGCGCGAGGCGUUUACUCAGAAGCUUAAAACACGAAAGGCGUCCACAGUGAGGUCCCACUUUUGCAGAAGACGACGUGUCGGAGAGGAGAAGCGUGCGUUUUUCUCUUCAGCUCAGACCGCCGUGUCCUGACAACGUCCACCAAUGGGCUGAGGGCGCGGGCGGGGGCCAGGAUGAGCGGCGGGCUGCUAUUGGAGGAGAUGCUCAUCAAGCGCUCGCAGCAGAAGAAGAGGACGUCGCCGCUGAACUACAAGGAGCGACUGUUUGUCCUGACGGAGAGCCAGCUGGCCUACUACGAUGGACGCAGAGAGAAGAAGUUCAGGAGAGGCACGAUCGAGCUGAGCCGCAUCCGAUGCGCCGAGAUCGUGAGGCACGGAGGAGGACUCCUGCCCUGCCAGAACAAAUACCCCUUCCAGGUGGUGUACGACAACAACAUCCUCUACGUGUUCGCCCCCAGCCACGACAGCAGAAGCCUCUGGGUCCAAAGCCUCAAGGAGGAGAUCAAAGACAACGCCGUGGUCUCCGCCAAGUUCCACCCUCAGUUCUGGCAGGAAGGGGCGUGGCUCUGCUGCCGCCAGGCGGAGAAACAGGCCCCUGGCUGCGAGGAGUACAACCUGUUUGCAGACAUUUCAAGAAAACCUUUACCGCCGAUUCCUGAAGAGGAGAAAAACAAAAACAAGAAGCGGCCCCCUCCCCCUCUCCCUCUGGGUGAGGAGGAUGAAGAGGAGGAGGAGGAGGAAGAGGAGGUGGUGGUGGCGCUGUACGACUUCCCGGGCACCGAGCCGCACGACCUGCGCCUGGUCAAAGGAGGCGAGUACGUCAUCCUGGACAAGUGCGACGCCAACUGGUACAAGGCGCGCAACCAGCAGGGGGAGGACGGAUACAUUCCGAGUAACUACGUCAGCGAGAAGAAGUCCGGAAGCCUGGUGCAGUUUGUUUGGUACAGUAAACAAGUCAACAGGAACAAGGCCGAGGAGCUGCUAAGGAACGAAGACAAAGAAGGAGCCUUCAUGGUCCGAGACUCCAGCACCCCAGGGACCUUCACCGUGUCGCUGUACGCCAAGUCCGCCGCAGGGGGCGGCGUUGCAUCCAUAAAACAUUACCACAUCAAGGAGACCCACGGCUCGCCUCCACAGUUUUACCUGGCGGAGAAACACCUGUUCAGCUCCAUCCCCGACCUCAUCGAGUACCACAAACACAACGCGGCAGGUCUAGUUGCCAGGUUGCGGUAUCCUGUGGGGAAGCAGGACAAGUCUGCUCCGUCCACCGCCGGCUUCAGCUACGAGAAGUGGGAGAUCAACCCCAGCGAGUUGACUUUCAUGAAGGAGCUGGGCAGCGGUCAGUUCGGCGUGGUGAGGCUCGGAAAGUGGCGAGCUCAGCACCGAGUGGCCAUCAAGGCCAUCAGGGCGGGUGCCAUGUACGAGGAGGACUUCAUCGAGGAGGCUAAAGUCAUGAUGAGGCUGUCCCACCCGAAGCUGGUGCAGCUGUACGGAGUCUGUAGCCAGCAGAAGCCCAUCUACAUCGUCACAGAGUUCAUGGAGCACGGCUGCCUGCUGAACUUCCUCAGGCAGCGGCGGGGCAGCUUCAGUUUGGGGUCCUUGCUGAGCAUCUGCCUGGAUAUCAGCGAAGCCAUGGAGCACCUGGAGGCCCAUGGCUUCAUCCACAGAGACCUGGCUUCCAGGAACUGUCUGGUGAACGACUCUCUGGUGGUGAAGGUGUCUGACUUCGGCAUGACCAGAUACGUGUUGGACGACCAGUACACCAGCUCGUCGGGGGCCAAGUUUCCAGUGAAGUGGUCGCCUCCCGAGGUCUUUAACUUCUGCAGAUACAGCAGCAAGUCGGACGUGUGGUCCUACGGGGUGUUGAUGUGGGAGGUGUUCACCGAGGGUCGCAUGCCGUUUGAGCAGAAUCAGAACCACGAGGUGGUCACCAUGGUGACCAAGGGUCAGCGCCUCUACAGGCCCAAAAUGGCCCCGGCCGCCAUCUACGACAUCAUGCAGCUCACCUGGCAGGAGAGGCCCGACGACCGUCCCCCGUUCUCUCAGCUCUGCCGGAUGAUCUCAGACGCUCUGGAGGGCGACACCCCUCCCCCAAACUGACCAAUCAGCUGCUUCCACUGCCCCAGACUGGCCGAUCCUCAGGGUGCUGCCGCAGCGACCCGUUGGGUCCACAACACAGCGUGAAGGUACCUGCACCCAUCAGAGGGAGGGACCAACCACGCCAGCUGCAGUCCCAUUUGUUCCUCCAGUGAAGCCCACGAGAGCGGGACGCACUAAUGGAGUCGCUUUCUUCCUGAUGUUUCUGAACGUCUGUUGGACCCGACUUAACCUCAAGUCCUCUGGAUAGAAAUCUGUCAAUGUUUCAGAUUGGUGUCUGUAAACCCAAAUGUUAAUGUGUUCCUGUUUGAUUACACUGUAUCAAUAUGUAUGUAUGAACACUGUUAUAAAACGUAUCCUGCACAUUAAUAUUAAAAGUGCUGGACCAUGUUA